AAUCAGAUUGAAAUGUUUUGCAUUCACGCUCUGCCUAAUGUGAUAGCAGACAAUUACGUAAAACCUACAUAUAUAUAAAUUUAUAUAACAAACUGGCGAAAUAUAUAGAUACAAUCGGAAUGCCUUGUUCAAGAACGUUACUCAGCACGGUGCUACAGGACAAGGUCCUUAGGGAGAAGGCUGAAGAUGAAUUACAUGAAACAGCCGAGUCCAGAGGGGAAGAAUCACAUAAUCUCACUUCUUGGAUUGAAAUGGAAGAUGACAAAGUACCAAAAUUAACAGAUUCUUGCUAUAUUUGGUCAUUUCUUCGAGCUUCCAAAUUCAACCAAGAUGCAGCCCGUCAGCGGUUGCGAAAUUACUGGUAUUCAAGACGUAAGGCAAUCAUGCAGGUCAUGAAUGGAAUAGACCCGGCAUCACCAAACAUACUUAGUAUCCUUAGAGGUCCACAUGCUGUAUAUGUACCAUUACCCGGCUAUGACAAGGAUGGUCGCAAAGUAAUUCUAGCGCGUUGGGAUCAGUUAGAUGUCAGUGGCGCCGCCUAUAGUUUUGCCGACUGGUUCCGGGCGAUAACUCUUGUCUUUGACGCAAUGUGUUUUUUGGAUGAAAGGGUCAUGGUUAACGGAAUCACAUUCCUCAUGGACGCUAAAGGCGUGGCAAUGAAACAUCUCAUGUUCUUUGGCUUUAACAAUUGCCGGAAACAGUUUGAAGUCAUGCAGAAUGGAUACCCAAUACGAAUCAAACAAGUACAUUAUAUCAACAACAAUCGUAUAAUAGCGUUCUUCCUGGGAAUUGUGAAAUCUGUUGUAUCAACUAAACUUGCUAGCAGGAUACAGUUACAUGGGUACCAGUACGACAGUGUUUUUGAUUACAUUGACAAGUCCAGUCUUCCUAAUGAAUACAUUGCAGACAGUUAUUCCGGAGAAAGAGCGGGCACUUCACAAGAAAUAAUGGAACGGUUUAUCCGGGAAAAUAUCUUAGAACCAAAAAGGCUUGAGUUUUUACGCAGACUUUAUAACUGUAACAGCUUUCAUGAGGACAGUGAUACAGGAUCGAGUGAGGACGACUUUAGUGACGCAGUCAUUGAAGAUAGUGAUCAUUUAUAUGAGGAUGCCAACACCGAGGGAGAUUUUGAACCAUCUGAUAUAAACGAACGACACAUUUCACCAAACUCUACUGUUACAGAAGAAUGAUUGAAACAUUUAUUGCAAAAACACUUCUAUUUAUAAGUUAAAUGUCAAAUAGAGUAGACACACGAAUGUAAGACAGACGAAACUAAAUGGGUUCGAAACCUGGUGGAAACUGUUUUAUUUCUUAUCAAAGUUUUCUUUUUUCUUCUUUUUUUUUAUAUAUACUAUGCUCCUAUUUGAUUUUUAAAACUAUCAAUAAUUGCUACACAGUCUCUUUGUAUGUAUAAAAAACAUGUUUCGACUUCAUUUAAAGUAGAUAUGUUAUGUUUUGAACUCUACACACUAUAUAAGGUCACCAUAUGAAAAUUCAGUGUUAUUAAAAAAAUGGCAGUUUUUUUUUAAGAAAAGACCAACUUUACUGGAACCGUAAUAGGGAAUGCAGCUUCCCAUACAAAGUUUAUUCAUUAUUUUAUUCAAAUGAAACAUAUUCAGUAAGAAUUUCAUGGAUUUCAAUUCAUUUCUAAGAUAAAAAUAUUUUACCAAAAGAUGAGCAUAGUAUAUCUUUAAAUUGCUUUGUGUCUGAUAAAAUAAAUAUAUGAUUACGCAUAUGAACUUAUAGAUAUUGUUUUUUUGAAUCUCUUAAAAUUUGUUAAAAUUUUCAUACCUUUUUUAUAAUAAGAAACGAAAAAAAAUGAGAUAGAUGAAGUUAUUUCGAUGAAAAAGUAAGAUAAAUAAAUCAAUAAAAAAAAAAAAAACCCAUAUUAUUAUGUAGUUUCGUACAUGAUUAAGCUAUUGCGACUUGUAUUUAUUACUUUUACAAUUAUCAGUCAAACGUACAAUCAUAAAGAUGGGCAACAUCUCAUUUGCCUACAAUGUAUAUAGUAUUAAGAUGGACUUUUCCGUACUAUUAAUAAAUAUGAAGAAACUUCUGUUUAUCAUGCUCGGAUUAUACUGUAAAUGUAUGUGGUAUUUACAGUUAUGUAACAUAUUUAAGAAAACAUUUGAUAUUAUCAUAUUGGUCAAUCUAUUAACAAGCAUACAUUUUGGUA